AUAACCUUCAACUUAUAACUGUCCAUCCACAUUCGCAAUGUCUGUAGUCUUUGAAUCUCUUCUCAUCAAGUUCAAACCCAUCCUGGUUGAACACCCCGAAUCCCCUCCGGCUUCUUUCUCAUCUGUGACCGAUCACCUCAAGUCAAUUCCUGGGGUCGAGUCCGUUUACCUUGGCAGGCCCCUCGAGAAGCCUGAUUACUGGGUUCUGGGUAUCCGUUGGGCCUCGCGCCCUGCCUAUGAUGCCUUCGUUUCCGGCUCUGCUGCCACCGAUUGGCAUGCCUCUUUGCGCGCCCUGCUGACUGAGCACCCUAUCGUCAGUCCGAUCGCAGAGUAUACAGGCCGUGCCGAGCUCGCCCUCCAUGCACCCAUUACAGAGUUUUGUACCUGUUGGGGUGCUGAUGAAACCUUCACGGAGGAUAACAUGAAGCCAUUCGCCGUUGCUUGUGAGGAGGGUGGGUUGGCUGGGCUUCAUGGCUUGGCUUAUGGCGAAUUUGUACAAGGAGAACAUGAGAACCCUUCAGUUAUUCCUGGUCGAGCAUCCAGGCUACUGAUGGGUUGGGAUAGCAAAGAGGCCCAUUUGCAACACAAAAACAAUGGAAGUGUGAUUGAUGAUAACGUAUACUAUUUGCUUGCUCGGAAUCAGAGCCUUGAAAUAUAUCAUGUCCCUUUCAAAAAGCUCUGAGAGACUCAGCUUCACGCCCAAAGCUUGCAGAUAAUAUCAGAUUGUUAUUGGAUUAAGUAGAGAACAAAAUAACACUGAGUCAAUGCGCCGUCGAAAAUCAGAUACCUUGAAAGCUGUCACUUGUCAAUGUGAGGCUCUCUCUUCCUGCCAAUAAGCACCGUCUUGUUUCCGUAUUCGUCCCGAUGAAAUGCGAUCCGUCCUUGACACCAUUUCUAUACCAUUCAAUCAUCCUGCGACUUUUCUUACCCACCCUUGAAACUUCAUCU